GGGCAGCCGGCGCCGCGAUGGAGGAAGAGCUGAAGUGUCCUGUGUGCGGCUCUCUGUUUCGGGAGCCUAUCAUCCUGCCCUGUUCCCACAAUGUCUGCCUGCCUUGCGCUCGCACCAUCGCGGUGCAGACCCCGGACGGUGAGCAGCACCUGCCCCAGCCGCUCCUGCUUUCCCGGGGAUCGGGGCUGCAGGCGGGCGCCGCCGCCGCUGCCUCUCUGGAACACGACGCUGCGGCUGGCCCGGCCUGCAGCGGUGCAGGCGGGAGUGCAGCUGGCGGCCUCGGCGGCGGUGCGGGAGGUGGCGGAGACCACGCGGACAAGCUCAGCUUGUACAGCGAGACAGACAGCGGCUACGGGUCCUACACCCCGAGCCUCAAGUCCCCCAACGGGGUUCGCGUGCUGCCCAUGGUGCCCGCACCACCCGGCUCCUCUGCUGCGGCGGCUCGGGGUGCCGCCUGCUCCUCGCUGUCCUCGUCUUCGAGCUCCAUCACGUGCCCGCAGUGCCACCGCAGCGCCUCCCUGGACCACCGCGGCCUGCGCGGCUUCCAGCGCAACCGGCUGCUCGAGGCCAUCGUGCAGCGGUACCAGCAGGGCCGCGGGGCCGUGCCGGGGACGUCUGCAGCCGCGGCGGUGGCCAUCUGCCAGCUGUGCGACCGCACCCCGCCAGAGCCAGCAGCCACUCUCUGCGAGCAGUGCGACGUCCUCUACUGCUCUGCCUGCCAGCUCAAGUGCCAUCCAUCCCGGGGACCCUUCGCCAAGCAUCGCCUGGUGCAGCCGCCGCCGCCGCCGCCGGCGCCCGCGGAGGCAGCCUCCGGGCCCACUGGCGCCGCCCAGGGCGCCCCUAGCGGAGGCGGCGGCUGCAAGAGCCCUGGAGGCGCGGGGGCCGGGGCGACUGGGGGCAGCACGGCCCGCAAGUUCCCCACGUGUCCCGAGCAUGAAAUGGAGAACUACAGCAUGUACUGCGUGAGCUGUCGAACCCCGGUGUGUUAUCUGUGCCUGGAGGAGGGCCGGCACGCCAAGCACGAGGUGAAGCCGCUGGGGGCCAUGUGGAAGCAGCACAAGGCACAACUAUCUCAGGCCUUAAAUGGAGUUUCAGAUAAGGCAAAGGAAGCAAAGGAGUUUCUGGUUCAGCUAAAGAAUAUAUUGCAGCAGAUCCAGGAAAACGGACUGGACUACGAAGCCUGCCUCGUUGCUCAGUGUGAUGCCCUUGUGGAUGCUUUAACUCGUCAGAAAGCCAAGCUGCUCACCAAGGUGACUAAAGAGAGGGAACACAAGUUGAAGAUGGUUUGGGACCAGAUCAAUCACUGCACACUGAAGCUGCGUCAGUCCACCGGACUGAUGGAGUAUUGCCUGGAGGUGAUCAAGGAGAACGACCCCUCCGGGUUCUUACAGAUCUCAGAUGCUCUGAUCAAGCGCGUCCAGGUGUCUCAGGAGCAGUGGGUCAAAGGCGCCCUGGAGCCGAAAGUGUCUGCGGAGUUUGAUCUGACUUUGGACAGCGAGCCGCUGCUGCAGGCCAUCCACCAGCUGGACUUCAUUCAGAUGAAAUGUAGGGUGCCACCCGUCCCCCUACUGCAGCUGGAGAAAUGCUGCACCCGUAACAACAGCGUCACGCUGGCCUGGAGGAUGCCACCCUUCACCCACAGCCCCGUGGACGGCUACAUCCUGGAACUGGACGACGGUGCCGGGGGACAGUUCCGGGAAGUGUACGUCGGUAAGGAGACUUUGUGUACCAUCGACGGUCUUCACUUCAACAGCACCUACAACGCCCGAGUCAAAGCUUUCAACUCUUCUGGUGUCGGGCCUUACAGUAAAACUGUCGUCCUGCAGACGUCCGAUGUGGCCUGGUUCACAUUUGACCCCAACUCUGGGCAUCGGGACAUCAUUUUAUCCAAUGACAACCAGACGGCCACCUGCAGCAGCUAUGAUGACCGGGUGGUGCUGGGCACAGCUGCAUUCUCCAAGGGCGUGCACUACUGGGAGCUGCACGUGGACCGGUACGACAACCACCCAGACCCCGCCUUCGGGGUGGCCAGGGCCAGCGUGGUCAAGGACAUGAUGCUGGGCAAGGAUGACAAGGCCUGGGCCAUGUAUGUGGACAACAACCGCAGCUGGUUCAUGCAUUGCAACUCCCACACCAACAGGACGGAAGGUGGCGUGUGCAAGGGGGCCACCGUAGGCGUGCUGCUGGACCUGAAUAAGCACACUCUCACCUUCUUCAUCAACGGGCAGCAGCAGGGCCCCACAGCCUUCAGCCACGUGGACGGGGUCUUCAUGCCAGCCCUCAGCCUCAACCGCAACGUGCAGGUCACCCUGCACACAGGAUUGGAAGUGCCGACUAACCUGGGGCGGCCAAAGCUGUCAGGCAAUUAGCCCCGCUCCAGCUCGGCACUGCGCCUGUGACAGUGACAUUCACAGGCAAAGCGCCCACCAUUCUCACUAAGCUCAAAUAACCCACAAAAGCAGGAUAUGCAAAUCAUGGGUGCAACCUGGCAGCGUGGAGUGUCAUAGAAACACAUUUUCUUGGGGACGCAGGGAAUGGGUCCACGGGCCAUGCUCACAGCUGCCACUGUCAGUGGCAAAGGAAGGUACGUGUGUCACCCUUAUUCCACCCAGACAUUACGAACACUCCCCAAGAAGGACCUUUCUCAAGGGAGUCAGCAUUCGGGCUUCAUGUCUAUGUUUCCUGCCAUCUGUUUUCAAAGCUUGUCUUUUUUUGGAGGGAGAGGAAGGUAGACUUUGAGACUGGCCUCCUGAGAGCAGCAGUCAGGAGCUGCGCUGUAGUCCCACGCCCCGGGUGUUGGCCCUCCGCGGGGAUCUUGCCCCCUCAGAGUCCCGAGAUUGCAGAUUCUCAUCAUGCUGAGAAAGUUAUCUUCUAGCUUCUUGGUCCUAGAGUCUUUAGUAGCACCUGCCACUUGCAGACCCAAUGCAGGCUUGAUAGAAAGGGACAUUAAUCAUUCAUGCUUGACUUUUGCCUCUCUCACUGAAGUGUUGAGAACCUUUUAAAAUGGCUUCCUUUAUUAAUCAGCCAAUUGUGUUCUCUCUCUCUCUCUUCCUCCAUCCUUCAUUUCUUCUCCCUCCCUCCUUCUCUUUCUUUCCUCUUCUCUCUCUCCUUCCCUCCCUCCUUUGCUCUCUCUUUCUUCCUUUCCUCCUUCUCUCUCUUACUUUCCUCCAUCCCUGCCUCUUUCUUCCCUCUUUCGCUCUCUUUCCCUCCCUCCUUCUCCCUCUCUCUCUCUCUCACACACACGCACAGGCAUGACAGUCUCCUAAAAUUAAUUCACUCAGUUCUUAGUUCUUAAAUCCACGUGAAAACACAAGAAUUUUAACAACUAUGUCAUAGGUCUUCGCCUGGUGAUGGCUCCUUUCUGAAACUGGCAGCCCAAGAAGUUAACUGAAAAUGCAUCCAGAUUGCUCUUCUGAGCUGAACCACUCUCAAACUCAUAAGCAUUUAAAAUGGGAGACCCUGGGAAAGCCUGUUCUAGUCAGUCCACCCUAUGUCAUUAUGAAAGCAUCAUGAACACAAGUGGCCCCUGUGGCAGGCCGGGAUGGCUCUGCCCUGAUGCGGUGGGCGGGAUCUCUGGGGAAGGCAGGAAAUAGAAGGGCAGUAUCAGGUACCUUGUCUCCCAGCUUCCCACUGUGAGACUGGGUGUGCCGAGUCUGACCUGCCAGGGCGGGACUCUGGAAACACCAGGCUUCUCCCUUGAGAUCCACAUUGAUUCAUCCACACCUCUCAGAGACAGCUCAUGGCAGGGGUUUUGAGCCUGCCAGGCUCUUGUUCCCAGGGAACCCUUCCUCUCCUCCCUCCUCUCAUCUUCCCAGUCACCUGCCACCUCCAGCUCCACCUGGUAGUAACAUUUCUCUCUCCUUUUAAAAAGAAUAUAUUUUGUCAAGCAUUUUAUUUCUGAGGCUGAGAAGUGACUUGUCAAUUUGCUGGACUGGAUUUUUAUAAAACUCGCCCCAUUCACCGGCACCAACUGUGCGUCCUUGGUUCUGCCUUCCUGUUCAGACACCGCGCCUGCUUUCUGAGUAACUGCCUGCCGGAGCCAUGCAGGUACCCCCCCUCCACUCAGCAGGCCCGACAAUCCUACCUCAAAGCUCAUGCUCUUGGUCUGCAAGGCUGCUUGGUCCCCUGUCUCUGCAGAUGUGGCCGGCAAGGCCAGCUGCCCCGUCUCCAGGAGCUGCUCGGUGCUGUGUUGCAGUCUCUGCUGCGGAGCCUGGGAGCUAUCUGCUUCGUGGAAGUCUAGGUCUUGCCUCUUCCUUGUCAUCUCACCAAGUGGUUUCUGGGUCUCCUCCUCCCAUCCCAGAGCCCUGUCCAGAGCCCUUGGUGGUAACACACAAGACCUGGGACCCUGUGUCCUUGCCCGCACCUCUGCCUCUGUCUCCCAUAUCCCUGCAGCUUCAUCCUUAGCCAUAGCUCUGGGUGGCCUUUGCUUGGAGCAUGGAGAAGAUCCCUAAAGAUUGAGGAUGAAGAGGAGCCACCCCUUUCCUGGGGCCAAGGAAGCCAUCAGCUUUGGGAAGUGUCUGGCUCUCUUCUGAAAAAAAAACAGGCCUACACCCUGCCCCCGGAAUGAGAGUGGGCUACGCAGGGCUGCCUGGUGACAGCAGCUUCUCACAGGGGAGCCCCGGGGAAGGCUGUGGAGCCUCCACCAUCACCACAGCCCAGGUCACCAGGUGGCCCCAGCUCUGCAGAAGAAUCGCCCAUCAUUGGAGCACAAGCUGCCUGGGGCUACCCUGAACCUAACCCCUUUGAGGGAGCAGCAUCCAGGUCAGGAGAGAAGCGGAAAGUGCAGGAGGGAAAUGCCCACAAAUCCGGUGGCCUCUUUCAGAAGAAAGUUCCCUGAAGUCCAGAGAGGUGCAGCCAGGACUCCCUCCUCCCCACUGCCACCCUGAGCUUGGGGGCUGGGAUUCUCCCUUUUCUGACUCCUCCAGGAGCCCAGAAGCAAUAUGGCCGAUGCCAGGGACAGCAUCCAGCUCUCCUUCACAGACGCCUCUCCUGUCUUCAGCACAAAACACCUUCAAUGUUCUGACUUCAAAGAGAACGACAGGUCCAUGCCACACACUUGUGCUUUUGAGGGAUCAGAAAAGUGAAGAAGGAACUUAUCAAUUCCUCAUGGCCAGGAAGGUCCCGGGUUUCAGAGUAGAAAUGACAGACGGGUCAUGGAAUUCUCAUCCACCAUCGAAUUCCAUAACACGUUACAUCAUGGUGGCACAUUUGUACAUACAUAUAAAUGAUAUCAAGAUGA